AUGGCAAAAAAUUUGAUUAUUAAAUGCAACUUACCCUUAUCUUUGGUAGAAAAUCCUGCAUUUCGUGAGUUCAUGAAAGAAUGUUAUCCGAAAUGGCAGCCAAUAUCUACAAAAAAAUUAAAAUCGGAUAUUAUCUCUUCUUUCAAGACUAGAAUUCAUAAAAUAAUUUGUGACACACUGGAAAUAGUUAAUGAUUUAACAUUAACUAUUGACGCUUGGUCUCAUCGGCGUGGUCGAAGUUUCUUAGGCAUUACUUGUCAUUUCAUUGAUAAUAAAAUGGUACCACAAGCUUUCCUGAUUGACUUCGUACGAAUGAAAUCACCUCAUACUAGUGACAAUAUCCAACGAUUAACUGAAAAUGUGCUUGAUCGUUUUAAUGUUAAAGAAAAAGUUUUCAGAAUUAUCACGGACAAUGCGUCUUCAAUGAUCAAAGCUUAUAGAUUUGGUUUAGCCGUUGAUGGUGACUAUCAAAUUCAUGAUGAUCAAUGUGAUAAAUCAACAACGGAUGACUGUUCUACAUUUGAUAAUUAUGAUCGUAAGCUAUGCUUGGUACUUUCUGACGCGUUUCUUUUGUAAGAACCAUCAACGAGUCUUGAAAAUGAGUGCUAAUGUUAUUUUUUCUUGAUCAUAAGACCCUUUUUCCGCGUUUUCAUACCAAAAGGAAAUUCAAGGCGAAUUUUGUUCAUAUAGCAAACAAAAUAUCAUUGUAGUUUUUUGUUUCCGGAUAAGAUCAAUUCCCGUCAAAGUAACAGAUUCAAACAGUUUAGAGAACAAGAAAUCAUAUUAUAUGAACAUUCUUUCUGUUUCCAUUCUUCACGAAACCUAUGGAUUCUAUGCUGCAUAGAAUUAUUUAAUUCGAAUCAUACAGAUUGAAAAAGAUUGAGUUUGUCGAAAAUAUCCUGGAACAAUUUUCGUAUAUUACGAUACAAAUCUGGCGAUAAAAUCAUCAAUCUUCUGAAAAUUUCCAAUUGCAAAAUAUUCCGCUUCUGUGUGUCUUUAUUUAUUUCAGAGGAUUUUGAUCUGAGCAAUUUUCAAAUUGUCAAUACUAUGCAAACAGAUGUCGUGCGUGAUGAUGCUGGCAUUAAAUCAGUACGCAUGUCAUGUUUUGCACAUACUUUGCAGUUGACAAUACGUGAUGGGUUGCAGAAGAAUCCUCACAUUUCCAAAGUUGUGGAGAAAUGAGAAGCGCUGGCUCGAUUUACUCAUGCAUCGUCCGAAAUAGCUGACUUAUUGGAUAAAAUACACAAGCAUAUCGAAAAACCGACCGUCACUAGGUGGAACAGUGAGUUUAUGUUAAUCAAAUCGAUCUUGUCAAUCAGUAAGGAGGAUAUAGAAUUGAUGUCAAAUUUGGUGGAAAAUUUCAUUCAUUUUUCAAACAAUGAUUUUAUAAUUAUGGAAGAAAUGGUCGACAUUUUAGAACCAUUUUGUCGAAUUUCGAUAAAAUGUCAAGCUGACAGAGUGGUAACCAUUAGCUUAGUUGUACCGUCAAUCGUGCAUCUGGUGUGUCACUUGCGUUCUGUUAAGGAAAAUCUUUCAAUUUGUAAUUAACGUGUACAACAGCUUCAAUCCGCGAUUGAAAGAAGAUUUGCUGGCGUAAUAUAUCGAUUAUAUCAAACGGACGUUCAAAAUGACGAUCCAUUCAAUGAUCCUUUGUAUUUCAGGACAACUCUGCUCGAUCUGGCAUUCAAGUUCUUUUGGAUUCAAGAUCUCAGAUUACCAGCUAAUGUUGAAAAUCGAUUGAAACAAAAUGUUAUUCAGAUGGUACUCGAUGAGAUCAGUAAAGAUAUAAAGCCACGAUCAGAAGAAUUUGCCAGUGAAACGAAUUCUUCUGGAAACAAAUCGUCUUCGGUACUAUCAUCAAUAAACAAUGGGAAACAAAUUAAAUUAUGACUAUCACCAUUAUGAUAAUAAAAGUUUACUUGGCUCAAAACAUUUAAAUUCGUCUUUAGAAUUAGAAGGGUAUUUGAAUGAUCCUAUGCGAUCUAAUUUCUCUGAUUAUUGGUUACGUUCUCAGCUGACAUCAUUAAAAAAAUUAGUAGCUCAUAUCUUCUCAGUUCAAGCUUCGUCGGCUCCUAUAGAGCGUGUAUUUUCCCAUGCUGGUCUCAUUCUGUCAAGUCGACGAACACGCAUGAACGAACAAUUAUUUAGAGACAUUGCGUUUUUGAAGGCUAAUCAAUGCUUAAUUUAAAUAUUUAUGACGAUGUCUUUGUUUUCAUAUCAUAUGAUGUUCCGCAGAUUUUCUCAAUUUUGUUUUUGGUAUCGGGAAAUUGUUGUUUUUCUAAUUAUGGAAAUGUCUAUAUUGUAAUUAAUCAGGGAUUUUUUUAUUAGACACUUCAUGUUUUUCCAUCUUUAUCUGCACAUCGCGUGUAAUUCUGUUGCAUUGUGACGCAAAGAAAAGAAAAAUAGAUCAGUUUAAACCUGCAUUUCAGUGGGAGCCAUUUUUCGUAAAAAUAUUGAAUUUCUACCAUCUCUUUCUAUGAGAUUCUGGAUUACUAAAUCGUCUAUUUUCCCUGUUACUAUCAUCGAUCCCUCAUAACCGAUAUAUAUCACAGAAACGAACCUCAGACUACAUGAAUUCGACUAAACAUUUGACUUGAUGAUCAAUGAUCAUUUACGACGAGAAUACUUUGAGUACGAUUAGUGUAUGAAAUGAAAAUUUAAUGUAAGAUAUCCACAACUACUGCCUACUUUAUGAGAAAUCGUGUUUUUUCCUAUGACAUGAAUUAUUAUCUCACAAAGAUUGGUACUAGAGUAUUCUUUCUCAGUUCAUGUAUGAAUACUUGUACUGUGAAAAUGUACUCAAUACUUACAUUCGUUAGGCAGGAUACACUGAAAGUAUCAAGUAUUGUACUUAGUAACCAAUGUCUGAUAUACAAUAAACAACGCAAUUUUCUAUCAAAAGCUGGUUGUUUAGUGAUUGCAGCUGAUAGGCAGGAACCCAGUGAACAUACAAUAUUUAAUGAAUUGACUGAUGAGAAAAUUGAAAUUUCAAUAUGUGACGAGUCUAAUGGGCGUAAUAUCUGAUUAUUAAGAGAAUGAAAAAGGACUCUUUUAUACGCGUCUCUAAAAGGCACAAAGCCAGGAAAAUCGUUGAUGACAUUCGAUGAUAUUUAGACUUCAUUAUACUGAACGGUUAGCUCAUUGAAUAAACUCUGGGCUUGUCCGACUGUCAUCCGAAAGAGAUUUUCGUUAUCUGUUUUCUAGCUGUAAAUAAUGUUAUCUGAUACUUCCAAAUGGCGGGUCAUAUAGCUAUGACGAAACCCCACAAACAUCGAUUGUAGCUAAUCCAAGUUUCUUGCGCUCGGCAGAGCCAUAAAAUUCUACUAAUCCAUGAAAUCGCCAGUAUCAAGGUUUAUCUCCACUAGAAUUCUUUCAAGUCGACCAUAAACAAUCUGAUGAGGCCCAUAAGUAAUAUCAUCAUGCAUGAUAAUAGAUGCUUUCUCUUCUUCUUGAUCUACAUCUUCAAGAUAUCUUCCUUGUAGUUUUAUCAUUAUUUGUUGCAUAUUUUAAGUGUACCAAUUUUGCCAAAUAAGAAUUUCUACAUGUAAAUAAGAAAAACAUUAGGAAGUAAAAAACGUAAUAUUCUAUGAAAAUCAUAGAGAGUGUUGCCUUUCAAAUUUUUCGUUGCGUCAUUGCUGUGUUGGCAUCAAAAGUAUUCGAUAUAUGAGGAUAGCUUACAGAGCUCUGUAUCGGCUGGUCUGUAAAAAUUCAGCCCAUGGAUUAUUUAGUUCUUCAUCGAUCCACCCAUCAUGGGCUGGGUUGAAUGUCUACCACCCAACCCAAGCCUUAGGCAACACUGCUCAAACUAUGAGUGCCUAUGGACUUAUCAAUAUCUCAAAAAUGUUCAACAUAAUCGGUGCCUAUCC